AUGGUUAUAUCAUGGUUGACCAAUUCAUUAUCUCGAGACAUUGCUGAGAGUGUACAAUACUCAGAAACAGCUGAGAGUAUUUGGAAACAAAUAAACAAUAGAUAUGGGACUGUUAGUGGGAAUAAAGUUUUUGAGAUUAAAAGAGAGUUGUCCUCCACUUAUCAAGGAUCCCUAGAUGUUGCUUCUUACUUCAAUAAGCUUAAAAAACUUUGGGAUGAACUGGAGAUUAUGCGUAGUAGUCAUGCUAAUGCUUGUGCUUAUGCUGCUAAAGAAGGUCUUCAGAAAGAAAAGGAAGAAGAUAAAGUUCAUCAGUUUCUAAUGGGCCUAAAUGAAGUCUAUGUAGGAGUUAGAAGCAAUAUCUUAAUGAUGCACCCAUUGCCUUCCCUUGAUAAUGUUUAUAAUAUACUACAAGAUGAAAAACAAAGACAAGUUCUUCCAAGUCCACAAGCUUAUUCCGAACCAGCUUCUUUCCAUGCAAAUUCCAACAAGCUUCCUCCUCAAUUUUCCCCUCAGCAACAAUAUUCUCAUAAAUUGAAAUUUGAUCAGUAUAGUCAAAGGGUCAAUCCUGAUCACAGCAAGGCUUCACUGUUCUGCAAGUACUGCAAGAAGCCUGGCCAUCUAAUUGAAAAAUGUUACAAGUUGCAUGGGUUUCCUCUGAACUUUAAGUUUACAAGAGGUAAAAAGUUUGGUACUGCUGCUACUGUUGAAGGGCAGCCUCCUGGUGUUUCUGAUCAUGCUCCUUCACAUGUUGAGGAUUCAUUAAUACAUGGUUUAACCAAGGAACAAUAUACUCGACUGAUGAGCCUUCUUCAACAAUCUGGUCUCAACGAAUCAUCAUCUCAACCAGUCAUCAUGGGUUCUGCAAACUUUGCUGGUAGUUCUUCUUCCCUACCUAUGUGUCUGAAUGGUACCUCUAAUGUGCGCAUGUUGAUUAGUAUAGCUGGAAGGAUAUGGAUAGUGGAUUCUGGGGCCACUGACCAUAUGACUUCAAAUAAGAACCUUCUUUUCAAUAUUACUCCUCUAUCUAUCCCUUAUCUAGUUUCUUUGCCUAAUGGUUACAAAGUGAAAGUCACUUGUACUGGAUCUCUUACUUUGUUGCCUUCUUUUACUUUCAUCAUGUUAUAUACAUACCUUCUUUCCACUAUAAUUUGA